CCGCCCACCAUGACCGCCACGACCGCGCCCGACUACUCGCCCGGCACCGAGAAGGACCUGACCUUCGCCCAGGGCUCUGCCGGCUCUGAUGUCGCCGCCGAGCCCGAGCUGCACUCCGAGGAGCUCGAGUACAAGGCCAAGGCGUCCGACUACUUCACCCUCAUGGCGUCGGGCUUCGCGCUCGUGUCGGACGGAUACCAGAACAACCUGUCGACCGUCUUCAAUGCCGUCUUCAAGAUCCUCUACCCCGCCAUCUACACGUCUGUCGUCUCGACCCGCGUCUCCAACUCGCUCCUCGUCGGCGAGGUCCUCGGCCAGGUGGUCGUCGGCCUCAUCUGUGACCGUAUCGGCCGUAAGACCGCCAUGGUCGGCACCACCCUGCUCAUCGUCCUCGGCGGCAUCCUCUCCACCGCCGCCACCGCCCCCACCCCCGAGGGCAUGUUCUGGAUGCUCACCGUCGCGCGCGGUACCGUCGGUGUCGGUGUCGGUGGCGAGUACCCCGCCUGCUCCACCUCUGCCUCCGAGUCUGCCAACGAGAAGUUCGGCCGUGACCGUGGAAAGGUCUUCAUCCUGGUGACCAACCUCAUGCUCUCCAUCGGCGGCCCCAUUGUCAUCUCGCUCUUCCUCCUCAUCAUCAACGCCUCGGGCUACAAGGGCACCAAGUCGCACGAGGACAUCUACAAGCUCCAGUACACCUGGCGUAUCCUCAUGGGACUCGGAAUCCUCAUCCCCCUGUCCGUCUUCUGGUUCCGUCUCAAGAUGAUGAACCCCAAGCUCUACCGCCGCAACGCCAUCCGCCGCAACCCUCCCUACGGCCUCAUCGUCAAGCGCUACUGGAAGACGCUCCUCGGCACCGCCGGCACCUGGUUCCUCUACGACUUUGUCACCUUCCCCAACGGCAUCUUCUCCUCCACCAUCAUUGCGUCCGUCAUCCCCGGCGCCGGCAUCGUGCGCACUAUGGAGUGGACGCUCCUCCUCUCCGUCCUCUCCCUCCCUGGUGUGUUCCUCGGCGCCUGGGUCGUCAAGUACACUGGCCGCCGCAACCUCCUCAUGAUGGGCUUCUCGGGCUACAUCGUCUUCGGCCUCAUCGUCGGUAUCUCGUACGAGAAGAUCACCAAGGUCGUCCCCGCCUUCAUCAUCAUGUACGCCAUGAUGCAGAGCUCGGGCAACUUCGGCCCCGGUAACAUGGAGGGCACCAUCAGCGCCGAGUCGUACCCCACUUCGAUCCGCGGCACCUGCUACGGCUUCUCGGCUGCCAUCGGCAAGACUGGUGCUGCCCUCGGCACCCAGGCCUUCACCCCGAUCCAGAACAAGCUUGGCAAGCGCUACACCUUCAUCAUCGCCGCCUGCUGCGGUGUCGCCGGUGUGCUCCUCGCCUUCUUCUUCGUCGAGGACAAGGGCAAGGACAAGCUCGAGAAGGAGGACGAGCUCUGGCGCCAGUACCUCGUCGACCACGGUUACGGUGACCUCGAGAUGGGUGACGGUUCCGAGCACCACUCUGCCAAGGCCAACGCCGACGUCAGGGAGCUCGAGUUUGAGAAGUAG